CACUUUGGCAGCCGCAGGCAAAAGCAACUUGGGCAGACAUGCAAAAGUUUUAACUGCAAGUGACAAGGAAACAAAAACCAAGUGGAGGUCAAAGUGCAAGGUGCAAGUUGCAGUGGAACUACAAGCAGCCAGCGGUGAAUGGCUCAAGGAGGCCUAUGCGUCCUGCGAGGCAGUGGAUCAUCUGAGCACCAGCGACGUUCUGCGCAAAAGUAUACGACGCUCCUGGACCAUAUCAAAUCCCGAGGACGAUCCGAAUAAUCCGAAUGCGCAGCAACCAGUUGCUGAUAAUUUGUAUCCACAGCAACAGCAUUUGAUAGAAGCACAAUCAGCAGGCAGUUAUCCCACAUUGCAUCAAUAUCCGUUACACUCGCAGCUGCAACAACAGCAGCUGCAACAUCAGGCGCAGCCGCCACAGCCGCGACAAACGCACAUCAUCAACUACAACAGCGGCAGUGCCACGCCCGUGAGUGGCAGCAAGUGGCACCUCGGUCGUCGUGUGUUGCGUCAAUCCACGUUGCCCAGCACAUUGAAUAACGAUCCGAAUAUCAGCGGCAGUGGUGCCAAUUUGGCCAAUUAUAAUUCAGCUAAUCUGACAGCGCCCACUUCGCCGCAUCAGCUGCAGAAGAGUCCGCUGUAUCCGAGCGCCUACAACAGCGACGACAUCAUCCACAUGAACACAGCGCCCGACUGUGACAAUUACACACAGAUCCAAAUACAAGAGGCACCGGUGACGCCGCCCACGCACAGUCAUCGGCUGCAGGUGCGACGACAAUCGACGCUGCCGGCAAAUCCAUGCCAGCCACCGCCUAGCAUUUAUAUGUCCACCUCACCGAAUCGCGUCUAUAGCCGCUCGCCGGAACGUUCGCCCGGCGAGCAGCAACGCUAUCCACCGUUCACACGGCAAACCUCAUUCCCCGAGCCGCCGAGCAACUAUCAUCGAACCAAACUGCUGCCCAGCACCGUAAAUUUACCCGUGCCGACCACACAAUCCGCCUCGGCCAUUGCCACAGUAGCGGCUGCCACACAGCCACAGCCAGCACCGCCACUAAACUAUGAUUCGCAGCAAUCGAGCAUGGCCAGCGAUGAGAUGGACUACACACAAACGUUUGGAAAGCCGCGUAUGAUGCGUCAGGCUACGCUGCCCAAUCCAGAUCAGCAUGUUAAGCUGUUGCCGACGUCGCCGCCAAAACGUCAGACAUCGCCACAGUUUCGUCGUUCGCCGGAAUUUACGCGCCAACAAACGUUGCCCAACCCGGAGGCAUUCAACAGCGGCAACACGUUGACUGUGCAUCAAACGCCGCCGGGCAAAUUUAUGCCCAUUUCGCCGCGUACCAAACAAAACUUUUUGUUUCCCAGCGUGCAGAAUCCGCGACAGUUUCUCUCGCAACAGAAUGUCCCGACUGUGGGCGCCACCGAUUUGGGCAGUGGCGGCAGCGUUGCCAGCGGUGCUGGUGAACAGUAUUCAAGCAGUCAGAGUGUGAAUAUUCAUCACUCACGUGAUCCACACUCGAAGAUGAUCAAGGUGCGCAGCCACAGCAAUGAGGAGUAUUCGAAUUCGAAUAAAACACAUGUGGAGAGUCGACGACUGCUGCCAGAGAUUCCCACAACUCAGCGUUCGUCGAGUCGCUCGCCCAGUCGUCUGGUGCGUCAGGAUUGCCUCAAGGAGCAGGAGCAUGGCUCUCGCACAUUUGGCGAGGCCAAACAGCAGUUCAAUCAGUUUCCCGAUGUCAGUGAAGAGCUGGAGAAUCAACCCGAGUAUGUCGAUUACUUUGGAAACAGCGUCACGAGCUUCCUCGAAUCGGACGAAGUGCAGUAUGAGAAGAAUUAUAAUGCGGGCUUCAGCAGUGAACCGCGCAUCAUCUACAACGAUGGCUCCGAUGAUCCCAGCUACAAGCAGACCCAUCAGCGACCCAUCUACAGUGCCGAGAACAUGUUGCAAGGCGUCGACAGCAGCUACAUGGCACCCACACAGCCGAGUUACUACGGUGACAUGGGCAACCCGGCGGGUCAUGCCAUGCACAGUGGCGCAGCAUUGCCACGUACACCUCUGAUGCACAAUCGCAUGCGACGUCGUCAGUCGCGAGAGCUGCCCAUGCCACAGGAGGAGUACGCACAGCAAGCGAGUGCUGAGGCAGCUGCAGCUCCUGUUACAACCGCAGCAAGCAACUCGGCCAAUGUUCCAACGGAGAGCAAUGCGGAUCGACGCAAGCCCGAGCAGAUGCGUUCGGUGUCCGAGGACUCAGGUGCCAAGACAGCGCCUAAACCUGUCACAAGACGCUCCUUCUCACACCCAGAAAAAGAAUCAACGCCGCCUAAGAAAACGGAGACCUCAAAGAUACCCAGUCCACGUCCUCUGGCCGAUAUACUGGAUAAGACGCGCGGUGGCGCCUCAAAAUUUCCGCAGGCACGUCGUCGCAACAGUCGCGGCGAGGAAGGUAGAGUACCACAGCAUCACUACUCCUUCCAUGAACUGCUUAAGCACCAGAACUCUGAUUUAUCCAAUCGCUUGAAAAAAACGCCCAUUCCUGUUACCACCACAGUCCCCGCAGGCAACGAACAGCCGGAGGCGGGAUCAGAGCAACAACAGCAACAAGGAGCAGCAACAACCGGCGACAAAUCCCCCAAGUCCUCUGACAACAAUGAAGCCAAUGACAUUGGAGGCGCCGCAACGCAGCACACCAGCACAUUGGGUGAGCAGGAGAUUCAGAAUGCAGUGGAAGCUGCGGCCGUUGUCUUCAAGAAGGUUGUGCUACAGCGUCGCAAAGAGAAGGAAAAGGCAGCCGAAGAAGCCUCGCAGCUGGCAGCUGCUAUUUCCGGCAGCGAUGUCAUGGAAACGUCAUCGUCAUCGGAACUGGAGUUCAGGUGCAGCACAACCUCUGGCCCCGGUCAGUCACAGUACAGUGUCGAAGCGGACGAGUUCAAGUUGGUAUUUCUAAACUCGGACUCCUCGUCGUCGUGCAAAGAAGAAGAGGAAGAGGAAGACGAUGAUACGGACAGUGCAUCGAGUUCUUCUUGCUCGACACAUCAAUGCCACAGCAUUGUGAGCAAUGUGGAGGAUUGUGAUUGGGAUUACUUUGAGCCCUCGAUGAUAGCAGCCAGCACCACGACAACAACAACCACAACAAUGAUUGCCUACGCCAGCUCUGUGACACCUUCAACACCCACGCCUCCGCCUCGCUUUCGUCGUCGUUCCAGCGACAGCGAUUCGCCGCUGUUGCAACGACGCCAGCAACUGCUGCGUGGCUAUUGCAGCAAGAUACGGGAAAGCGACACGGGCACAGGCACCGAUGAAGAACUCCAUAUGCAGGCGGAGAGCAGCUCACAGACGAGCUCCGAUCAGAAUCAGACACCGGCUACGACUGCCACGCUGCCGUUGAGCAUGAAGGCGCGCAUCAAGACGCGUUUCCUCAAGAGUCACCAUCACCAUCAGCACUAUCAUCGCUGUGGUUGCAAUGCCACAAUCUCAGCAACCGCUGCAGCAGCAACUCAACCACAAUACGUCCCAAUUCCUGUGCCCGUACCGAUUCCUGUGCCACUCGCUGCCUAUCACAAUUGGCAGCUGGAGCAGCAUCCCAGCACCGCGUUGCUGGAGCAGGACGAACAUUUGGCCGCCUCGCUGCAACAAUUGUGGCAAGCAGCGGCAGCAGCGAGCGCCACACCGAAUUCGUCGUCACAGCAGCAACAACAGGCGGCUGCCGCGGCGGCAGCAGCAGCGGCAAUGGUUGCCUAUUCGCAGCAAUUCGCCGCGGCGAGCAACAUGUUUGACGCAACGCCGCCGGCAACAACGAAAAGCUAUCAGCAAUUGCCAACAACAACGCGAGCAGCGGCAGCGGCAGCAGCAACACACCGAUUGGGCGGCGGUGGUUUUAAGUCCUCGGCACCAGAGUUGAGCGCCUCGCUGGGCUCGUUGAUGACGCAGUCGUUGUGCUCCACUGCCUCCAACUCGACGUCUUCAUCCACAACGUCCGGCUAUGGCACAGCGGCGGGUCGCAGCCUGGAAACUUUAGCCGGCUGUCUGUGUCUGGCCCAACAACAACAGCAGCAGCAACAACAACUUGCUGCCAGUCAAAUGGCUUUCAAGCCAGCUCCAACAAGUUUUGGUUUAGUAGCGCCGCGCACGCCGUCGUGUGAGCAACAACAAACGCAAACGCGUCUCUCGCUAGUUCGUAUUAACGCUGACGACAACGCUGACGACGACGACGUUGAAGCUGACGUCGCUGCUGACGUCGUCGCAACGCCCACAACAACACAUAGAUUGUGUAAUGCGAGUGAUAAAAGCAACAGUAACAGCAACAGCGACGACGACGGCGACGGCGUUAAAUUUAGCGCACAUGUUGAUGAUGUUGCUGCUGUUGUGAGUGCUGUGACUGCUGAUAAGUGCGAGGCGAUGCUGCCAAAUAAAUGCCAAAAACUAUGCGAAACAGUGCAAAACAUAAAAGAACUAACAACGACAGCGGCAGCGGCAGCAGCAACAAAAACAGCAACAGCAACAGAGACAGCAAUAGCAACAGCAACAGCAGCAGAAACAGAAACAGAAAGACAAACCUACCUGGCGAGUAGAGACGACGACGAAGCAGUGGAAACAGCAAACGAAACAAAUAUACAUAAAAAUCAAGUACCAGCAACAAGAGCAACAACAACAGCAGCAACCACAACUGGAGCCACAUUGAGUGCGGCUGCUGCUGCUCCUGCGGUAAUAACUCGUUUCAGCAGCAACAGCCAAGUUGCAGUCGAAAAUGUUGCGCCUAGAGAGCAGCAACUACAGCAACUACAACAGCAACAUUGCCAGCUAGAGUCACAGCAUUUUAGCAGCUGCUUAACGUUGUCCUCCAAGCGGUUUAUAAAUAAAGCGCCAACCAUGUCCGAGAGCGAGCCAAACGAAGCGAUUGCCCAUUUGCACAGCGAAAGCUAUGCGGCGGCCAACAGCAGCAGCAACAGCAAUAGCAGCAGCAACAGCAACAGUAAUUGCAACAGCAACAACGACAACAGCGAUGCGGAGGCUGAAGAUGCGCGUAGCCCACGCAAGUUGGUGCAACGCAGCUAUGAUGUGGCCAAAGCCAUGCAAGCUGAAGAAGAAAUGUUGCCACCAUCUCCACCAGCAGCAGCAGCAGCCAUGCAAAUGGUGCAUCACAGCACCACCGAUGGCAGCAGCAGCAGCAGCAGUGAUGACAGCAGCUCUAGCUCCGAAUCUUGUGAUUCGGAUGAUACGGGAACUGUGGCAGAUCGGCGUCCAAAGCGACGGCGCUUCAACAAAGUGUUUGUGGUGAAUCGGCAAGCGGGACAUCAUCAUCAUCAGCAGGCGGCACGUGUGCGACGCAGUUCGUCCACUGAAGGUGAUUCAUUGUCAUCGUCGGAUGCCAAUCUGGAUGAUUCGUCCGAUAACGAUACCGAUACCGAGCGCACCGAUUGCGGCAUUGUGCUCAACUAUGUGAAGGCGUUGGGCGAAGAGCCAGAAGAACAACAGCAGCAACAGCAACCAUUGGCAGCUGCACGUGAUGUCGACGACAACCACGACAACGACAACGACGACGACGAUGAUGAUGAUGAUGAAAGUGAACGCCGCGUUGCCAACUCAAGCGAUGAGCUUGCCAACUGCAUUGUUGUUGUCGGCGGCCGCACAGACGACGAUGCCAAUGCUGGUGGCGUUAUAUUGCACGGCAUGCGUGCGUUGCCAGAUCUCGAAAAUAAAGAGCAAUUAGAGCAAAGCAGCAAUGCAGAGGAGCAACAACAAUCUUCUUCGUCAUCUUCACUGGAAUUGAGCUCAGUCCUGGCGGCUUGCGAUGAACUUCAUAGCAUUUCGAAUGAUGUGAAUCGUUUGCUGGCGCUGCACAAGCAAAACUCACAGUUGGAACUGAAAUUGCAGCGACUGCGACGCGGCGUUGCCGAAAUCAAUGAGGAUCAUCUGGUGUCCGGCAUUGCUGCGGCUGCCACCCAAGCGGAGAAGCCCAUAGAGUGCAGUAGCAGCUGCAGCAGUGGUGAUAAUAAUAGCCCAGGGUGUUCAGGUAAUGCACAGGAGGCAACCCUCGUGUUGUUAAAGCAAACGCAAACCCAAACCCAUUCCGAGAAAAGCAUAAAUGUAAAUUCUAAUGACGAAAGCGAAGCAGCGAAACAAAGCGCAAACAACGCUCAGCAGGGUAAACAUGUAAACGAAAAUGAGGAAGAACAAGCAGACGAAGAAGAAACGGCAACUCUUGGAUUUUCACAGCAGCGACGGCGGCGGCCGCAGGUAAAAGCAAACACCGAUAAUAAAGUGGCAGUCAUGCAAACAACAACAACAGCAGUAGCAGCAGCAGCAACUACGGCGUCGAUGGCCAUAGAAGAGCGAACAGCUGUGCAAACGCAGGCAACAGAGAAGCCAAAGGGUGAGGAGGAAGUUAUGACGGGCAGCGAAGCAUGCAAAAUAAACGACGAUUUGUUGGACCCAGACUACGACGACGAUUACUCGUCGCACUCUCACUCUCUCACAGCAGCGAGUAAAGCACCUGAACUACUACAACAAGAACAAGAAGAGCGCCAGCAGGUAGCUGUAAAACAAACGAGAGCAACAGAUGGUGGUGGUGUUGCUGAGAGUAAUAAACGUGCGCUCUCUCACUCUCGCGAGCUACCUGUUGCUAUCGCUCAGCACGAAGCCGAUUGCGCAGCCGAAGUGAAGUCGCAGUCGCAGUCGCGUUCGGCAUUGGUAUGGGAAGCGGAGUCAGUCGAAAAUGAAAUGUUAAACGUUGCGGUUGAAGAGCCAAACGCGCGCCUAACGUUGUACUCGAGCAACAACAACAAUAAUAAUAGUAAUAAUAAUAAUAGUAGUAGUAACAGCAACAACGGUGGCCAUAAUGACGGCGAUUUCGCAGCACAAAAGACAAAAAGCAAUAGCAGCAACAGCAGCAGCAGAGCCGUUUUUGUUGUUGGCCAACAAAGUAACAGCAGCAGCAGCAACAACUGUGACGUAGUGAAUGUUAAUGUGAAUGUGAAUGAAUCGCGUGUGUUUGAAAGUUGUGAAAACGAAUACGACAAAAUAUUUGGCAGUCACCAAGAACUGCAAGGCAGUCAAGCAACAACAGCUAACGAAACAGCAACAACUACAACAACUGCAACAGCAGCACCAACAACAAUAACAACAACGUCAAGUGCAGUGAAGAAUUCACUUUCGGCCAAAUAUCGCAGUUUAGUGAUGAUUACAAAAGACAACGAAAGCCCAACAACAACGAUAGCGAGUAACGACAACGAUUAUGAAAUGCCAACGAUUGGCAGCAACAACAACAGCAACAACAACGUCAACACUUUUGGCCAGAACUUUGGCAGUGAGUCACCCACUCUAGACACAAUGCCAAUUGAUUUGCGAAUCGGAGUCGCUGUUGGACUUGGCCAUGAGCUGAUUCCAACCCCGACGCCAAGCGAGCGGGAAUUGUCACGUGAUUCCUACAGCGUGGAUUCCCUUAACGAGCCAACAACAUCCGCAGCCAAUGCCAAAAACAGUCUCGACGAUGGCUUGGCUGACGAUGAUUCCUGGGUGGAGGAGCUGAGUCAACGCGGCGAUCUUGAUGAGGACGAUGACAAUCUGAGCAAUGCCACCACAACACCCACAGCCACAGAUUCCGAGGAUGCGGAGGGAGAUGGCGAACUGGGUGGACGCAUUAUGUACCUGGACCGCGAAGAGGAGCUGCGUGGCUACAAUCGCUCGGCAAUUGACUUUACGUUGCACACAAUUGUUGAAGAGAGUUGCGAAGAGAGCGAGGUGGCCUCGAUGCGUGCGGACAACGAGCUGGAAGAGCAGGAUGAUAUGGACGAUAUGGCCGAGAGACGCCGCCAACGCACGCUACAGCAUCAUCAUCGUUUGAGCGCCUCCGAGUUGGAGAAAUACUUCUUUUUUGGCCUCGGCGAUGGCAAGGUGAUGAGCUCCAUUGAUACGCGUGGUGACGAUACAGCCUCUGAGGUUAGUUCUGAGUGCUCGGAGAGCGUGGACUCGCUGCCUCAUGAGGAUCAGUUGCUGGAUGGUGCACAUAGUGCUGCGGAUUUGGCUUCCUCGCGGCUGGAGAAAUAUUUCCUCUCCGGUUUCAUGGGCUUUAGUGGCGGCGAGAAGCAGGUGGAUAGCGAUGAGAGUGGUGGCAGUGUGGGCAGCGAUAGCGAAGGACAUCCAAGUCCCAGUCAGCGUCGCAAGCGUUUGGUGCGUGCUCGAGGCACGCCACGCAGCCACAACUCGUCCCUAGACAAUCUGCUGCUGCCCGAUGCCUUGGAUCCCUUGGAUGCCACCGCCACAGCAGCUGCAGCAGCUGAGGAUACCUCGGAAUCAGAGGCAGGUUGUGAUGACACUGUCAUACAUCUGGUUAAUGCCGGAGAUCGUGCCUCCGAUGGCAGCUCGUCGGACACCAUCAAACGCAAGAAACAACUACGCAAGCGUCACGAUUCCCUCGACGAAAAGAAGCUGCACGAGGCGGCUGAUGGCGCCACAUCGGUCACGGAUUGUGCCACACAGGCGCAAGUGCAGGCCAAGAAGCAACAGCAUCACAGUCGCGACAGCGGAUUUGUGGGCAGCAACGAUGAUUUGUUAAAGUCUCCGGAUUGCGAGCCGAGCAAAUCGCCGACGCCUGCGUUGGGACAGAUUAGCGAGGACCGCGAACCUUUCGCUAGCAGUGACAGCGCCUCAAUUAGUCUGGCCAAAAUGGAUAUGCCGAGCACGAGUUCAGGAGCAGUAGCUGCACCACGCCGAGUUACGCUAAAUCCCUUAGCGCUGCCAGUGACAGGAAGCACAAGUGUCACGACCAGUUCGAAUCUGGUGCGCAAGGAUAGCUUCAACAACUGGAGUUCCGAUGAGGAGACCAAUUUGAUGAUGAGCAAAAUGCGACAGUUCUUCAAGACACUCAUUGUGGCCACAGCGAAUGCCCAACAAAGUCAGAGUCAGGUGCAAGGUGGAAAUCAACUCCCGGGACAGUCGCCAAGUGCAGGCAGCACGCCCAGCUCUGUUCGACGUUUGGCCAGCAAGGCGGCCAACAAAUCGCGACCAGCGCAAUUGGCUUACUUUGAGAACGAGCUGACGCGUCUAAUGAAAACCGUUCCUGGCAUCAACGAUGAGCAGGUGCGCGAGAUAGUCGAGUAUCUAAGCAGCGAGGACACUUGGUCGGACUCUUAUGACUCCUCGGACUAUACAAGCUCGGAUCUGGAGGGAUCAGAGCACAAGGGACAGCUUAAGGCGCAGAUCUCGGCCAGCUGUCAGCAGAUUAUCAACAAAUUCGAGGUGGAUGAGGAGGGAGUGCGUGGCGAUGGCGGUUUGCUGGAUGAGGCACAUGCUCUGAACGGCGACACGGCUUUUGUCUAUCAGAAGCUAGUUGCUUCCUUUAGCAAGGUGGCAGUGGGUGAGGUGGCUACGGAGGAGCAGCCACAGCCUGUGCCAGCGGAUGAGGAUCGCGUGUCCACGGGCAGCACAGAGCAGCGUUCGCCGCAACUGUUUGCCAAGGUGAUGCAACACAUUGGCACCCGUUUGGUGGCUCUGAUGCACGAGGUGAGCAGUGGCAAUGAGACGCCGACAUCGACGCGACAUAGUCGUCGUGUACAGGCCAAGAUCUCGGCCACCACCACGGAGGACGAGGAGGAUGAGGUGGAGCAGCUAAAGACGCUGCCACUGAAGCAGUUGAAGCUGCGCAGUCGCUCGCAUGAUUUGCUGUUGGAUGGCGCCGGCAACUCGGCGCCACACUCAACACAUCAAAGUCAGGCACAUGGACAACUGACAGCUGGAGCAGCACAUCAUCUGACAGCAGCAGGAGCGGGAGCUGGAACGGGAACAGCAUCGGGAGAGAAUCAAGGAGAGGAGUGCGGCGUGGCAAGCGACUAUGAGCGCUUCUCGUGGCGCGGCAGUUUUGAGUCGGCAUUACUGGCUAAUGGCGACAGCAGAACGAGGCUCAGCCAGCUGAGCCAGCUAGACAGAGACAACUCAUCGUCUGCGUCCGCUUUGGCUGUAGCAAAGCGCCGAUCGGCAGGCGAUCUGUUGUUCAGCCAGCAUCAGCAGAGUCUCAGCCGCGAGCAACUCGAUCGAGUGCGCUCCUGUGGCAGCAUCGGUGGCGGCGAUGUCCAUCAUCAUCAGCUCGAGGCAUCGCCCGCCAAACCUUGGCUCUCUUCGGCCAGUUCCUGUGCAGACUCCUCAAAAGAUGUGCGACGCUCCAGUGUGCCCGAUGCCAUCUACGAAACGGAUUCCAGCGACGAAGGAGGCGCCGCAGCGCAGUUCAGUGUCAAUCGCUCCACUCUGCCACGCAGUUUGACGGGUGGCGUGCAGGUGGCAAGCACCAAUUCGCUGCCACGUCUGCCCACCAGCUCGGUGGCUUCGGUGGGCGCGGCUUUCACCAGCACACCCAUCACCAAAUCACAAAGCGCCCUCAACUACACGCCCUCAUCGACGGGCAGUGCGAAGAGUGCAAGAUAUCGCUCUCCGGGAUUGGCGGCACGUGCUGCUGCUGCGGCCAGUGGCAACAGCAUCAGUCUGAGCAGCAUCGGUGUGGCAAGCAGCAGCUCCGCGGGCAGCGGAAACAAGAAAAUCACAGGUGGACUGCAACAGUUCCUCUACUCCAAACGGGAUGCGCGCAAACGUUUAAAUAUGUCAGCGGAGGAAGCCAAGGCAGCAGCCGAGGAGUUAAGCCACUCGCCGGUAAUUGGUCAACGACAUACGGAUGCUGCCUCCAGUCCCAUACAGUCGCGUGCCUCCAGCGAAGCGUGGCCAGUGCAAUCCGACGAGGACAUCGAUCGUCUCGUGGCGAUGCAUCAGAAUCGCAGCAGUCUCAGCUCUCUGGGCGUUCGCUCUGAGUCCAUGGCCAGCGUUUACUCAGGCGCCGGCGAAGGUCGCUAUGGCACCGUUGUGGUCAAGGGUCAGGUGGAGUUUGGCAUGCAGUACAACUACAAGUUGGGUGCAUUGGAGAUACACGUGGUGCGCUGCAAAGAUCUAGCUGCUGUGGACGCCAAGCGCAAUCGCAGCGAUCCCUACGUGAAGGUCUAUUUGCUACCCGACAAGUCAAAGGCUGGCAAGCGCAAGACCAAAGUCAAGAAACACACUCUCAACCCGAUCUUCGAUGAAACUCUGCGCUUCCACACACCAAUCUCCAGCCUGGAAACACGCACCUUAUGGCUAACGGUGUGGCACUCUGAUAUGUUUGGACGCAACGAUUUUCUGGGCGAGGUCAGCGUCAAUCUGCAGGGUCGCCUCUUUGACAAUCCGCAAUCGCAGUGGUAUUUGCUCCAGGAACGCAGCGAACCUUUUGACGAGGUGGCCACUUAUCGCGGCGAUAUUGUGGUUGGCUUGAAAUACAUUCCUCCAGAGAAUCUGAAAUCUUCGAUCUUCUCGCGUGGCUCCAGCCUGACGGGCAGCUCGUCUAAUCUGCGUAAGUUUGGAGGCAGCAUCAAAUCGGUGGCCUCCAAGUCGGAUCGUAGCACCAAGGGUGGUCAGCUGCAUGUGCUGGUCAAGGAGGCCAAGCACUUGAGUCCGAUUAAGACCAACGGCACCUGUGAUGCCUUCUGCAAGAGCUAUCUGCUGCCAGAUCGCACGCGCAGCUCCAAGCAGAAGACGCCUGUGGUCAAGCGCACCUUGCAUCCCAGCUGGAAUUAUACGUUUGUCUACGAGGAUGUUUCACUAGAGGAUUUAUCGGAGCGCGCUUUAGAACUGACCGUUUGGGAUCACGAUCGUUUGGCCAGCAAUGAAUUUGUGGGCGGCAUACGAUUCUCCCUCGGCACGGGUCGCAGUUAUGGCAGACAGGUGGAAUGGAUGGAUGCCACUGGCAAGGAACUGUCGCUGUGGCAGAAUAUGCUGGAUCGUCCCAACUUUUGGGUGGAGGGCAGCCUCGUGUUGCGCUCCAGUCUCGAUGGCAUUCGCGCCACAUUGCCAUAGGCACAGCCAGUGUCUGAGCCACAGCCAGCUACGUCACAAUUUGCAUUGUAGUAAUUUAUUGCCUAGCUACACACCCACACAAAUAUGCAUAAAUAUAUAUAUAUAUAUCGUUAUAUAUAUAUAGAUGUAUAUAUAGUACAUACUUAUUCAUAUAUAAUGUUGCAGUUAGCGUUUGCCCCCGGGCACAUAUUGUAUUUGUAUUGUAUUGUGUUGUAUACUGUAUUAAUUAUGAACUAUGAUAUGUAGUUGUUGGAUGACAAGCAUUACUAGAAACUUAAGAAUGGAUCACACUAUACAAAAUCGGAAAACCAGUUGCGAUUCGCAACGAUUCGCUUCGAUUCGUUUGGCGAUUCGUUUACUGGGCUGUUGCACACACAUGAAUGAUGAGUACUCGGGCUCAAGUUUCGAUUCGCGCACGCAAUUUAGAACGAUUUAUAUAGGAAGAUUUUCAAUACUCGAAUAUGUGGAUGGAUAUAGCAUUGAUGACACUGCAAAUAAUAAGUAUAUUAUAUACAUAUUGUAGUUUAAGGCAGCACAAUGUUCAAAAUACGAUAAAAAAAAAGCAAAAACAAAAGAAAAACAGAAGCGUUAUCAAAUUAAUUGCACUAUUCAUAAGUGAUGAAGCUAUAAAAGCAACAAGUGUAAAGCAAAUAAACAAAAUAAAAAAAAAUGUGGAUUGCUCAUCUCAAAUGAUGACGAUGACGACGACAAAGUAUAUAGCCCAUGCAUAGGCUACAUCUAGACACUUAAGAUCCAUUGUGUGUGUAUUUUUUGAAAAGAAACAAAAACAAACAAACAUAAGAUGAACUUGCAAUUUUGCAUAAUGUAUGCAUUAAACUACGAUAAUAACUGAACCGACAUAAACUAAGCUAUAUGAUACAUAAUGUCUACUAUUAACUAUCAAUAAUAAUAAUCGAUGAUAAAUACAAAUAACAAUUUUGUAAAUGCAA